AUGGGUGGAGGGCUCAAGAGCAAGGCAUUCCAAGCAUGCGAAAUAUGCCGCUCGCUGAAGGUCCGCUGUCUUCCUAGCUCUCAACCUGGCAUAUGUUCAAAGUGUGUGAAUUCCAACAAAACUUGUGUAUUUCUGGAGCGGCAACCGCGGCAACCACGGCAACACAAGCGAAAGCAUAGCUCAAAAGCCCGAAUUUGUGCGCUGGAGUCGAAGGUUGAUAACCUAAUUGCAUUUGCUAGUCAGUCCCAACCAAUUCACGGACAGGAACCUGCACAGCGCGAGGUGGGGUUUCUGGAAAAUGGCUUGUCUACCUAUAGUUCAUCUUCUAGCCACGGGGAACAAGACUCCACGCCCAGCAGCAGCCAUAACAACACCACCAGUUCAACCCCCCUCGAUUGGCCUCUCUAUAAGUGGACUGGCUAUCCUAAAAUUAAUGGCAUAUCCUGCCCUGAACUACUGCUUGAGUGUGGCCUGUCUAUUGAUGCUGCUGAGGGAUUCCUCGAACGGUUUCGCACCAUGUCCUCUUACUUUCCGUUUUUCAUGGUUCCCACUCACGCGACUGUUUUGACAAUGUGUAAAGAACGGCCCUUCGUCCUAGUGGCAGCAUUGGCGGCAGCGACUUCCUCAGACAAGAAAUUACAAAAGUCCCUUGGUGACAAAUUUUGA